UAACAUUUAAAUAACCAUAAAAUAGUCUAAAAAAGCCGUUUUUUGAUGGCAGAAACAGUGAUAUUCAAGAAUACACCUCUUGGAGAUUAUAUAAAAGACAUAAAACAGGGAGAUGAUGUUGAGAGCAAGAUAAAAAGUAUUUUUCAGUCAUAUUAUACAUCUCAAGUACGUCAACGUUCAAGAAAACGUAGAUAUCUAUCAUCAGAAAUGAAAUAUUUCUCGGAUAAAUCAUAUUCAUUGGUUGUAAAAGUAUAUUCAUUGUUUUCGGAAUUUUUGAGUAUAUACCUUUCAGAAACAGAGAAGUCUCAGUUUAUUGAAAGAUUUCGCUAUAUUAUAUGUACAUCACAGCUUUUAAAUGAAAAUAUAUCACCAUCAUUGUAUCAGCCUCAACAAACGUCUAUAAAUGAUAAAAAAAGCAAGAAUAUAUUAUUUGGAAUAAUUGCAGAUGAUUCGCUUUAUUGGUCUAUUUCAGGUAUUUUUAUUGUUGUACUAGCAUUGGUUACAAGUUGGAAACUUAAAAGUAAUAUUUAUGGAAUUAAUAGAGGAGUUGGGUAUUUUUUUGUAUUUAUUAUAAGUAUUAUUGUUGCAGUAUUUCUUUAUAUCUAUCAUUUCAGGAUAUAUUCUAAAUAUAUUCAAAAAAGGGCAAUAUUUUUUAUGAAACGCUUUGUUGAUACAUCUCAACAUUUUGAUAUUACGAUUAAUAAAACAUUAUCAUUAAUUCAGGAGGUGGAGCUUAUUUCUCGUGGUUAUUUAUUAUCAUCGCCUUUACCUCCAAUUACACGAAUUGAAGCAAAUUCACAGAGUCGACGUUGCAAAAUGUUACGUUUAUUGCUUUCAACCUUAUUAUCUCAAGUAUUUUUAUCAUAUAAUCGCACAUUUUCCUUGUUACAAACAUUUUAUUCAAAACGAGAGUUUGAUACAUUACAAAUAAUGUAUAAUUUGCCGAAUUCUCAAGAUCUUGAUUCUCUUCCAUCAUAUUUUAAAGAGGAUCAUUCAGAUGGGUUACCAUAUUUAAAAGCACUUUUUUAUACAAUACAUGAAAAACGACGUCAAUGUCUUGUAUCACUUUUAUCAAUGUCUACAUCAAGUCUUAAAAAUAUAUCUUCUUGGGGAUGUAUUAUUGAUCAAUUGAAAAGUUUAUCUGAUUUAAUGAGUAAUUUUGGCAAUGAAAUUGAAGAGUCAUUGGAAAAUAAUGAACGAAUUUCAGAAUUGUCUGCAUCAAAAACUAAAACAAAUGGAAAAAAUAUUAAGUGGAAUGAUUAUACACGGAACAUUGGUGUACUUCUUCAAGUUUUGCGUAGAUUUCAAGCGAAGUUAUAUAUUUUAAAAGAAGAAACCAAUUGUUUGAUGCAAGGUGACAUUGAUGAAAACAUUAAAGAUGAUUUUCUAUGUUAUUAUGAUUCUCUUAAAGAUGAUUUAAAAGUGUUAAUGGAAAAAUGGGAAUCAGGGAGAAAUUAUUUAUUAAAAAUAUGUGUUGAAUCUGAUAGUCAAACACCAAAAGACUUACAAUCUAAUUCACAAAAGACAGAGGAUUCAAAUCCUACUUUUCGUAAAUCAUUAAAACUAGAUUCUAAUAGCUCUAUAGAUGAAUCUAGAAAUAACAAAGCCCUUUCUGAAAUCACAAAUGAUUGGGAAAUAUCAUCACCAUAUUCACAAUGUUUGCAAUCAUCAGAAGAAACGUCUUUAAGUACCAAUGAAAAGGAAGUUGUCUUUGAGACAGUUUCAAAUAAUUCAGAAUUAGAUAUACAAUUGCAAAAACCUACAAGAGCAGAAAGAAUUGAAAGAAUUAAGAAAGAACGAGAAAAACAUUUAAAAAUAAAAAAAGAUAGAGAAAUAGGAAUGAAAGUCGUUUCAGAACUCAAAGAUGUACUAGGAAAAAGAAAAACAAAGUUCUUAAAUGAUGAAAAUUAACUUUGAGGAAUCUUGAAAAUAGAAAUAUUGUUUGUUUUGAAUAUCC